ACACAAGAAUGCAUGGAUUCGUGUCGUAUCGACGUUUCGGAAGAGCUCGGUCGCCACGUAGUGACCGGACGGAACGCACGCUUGGUCGCUACGUACCGACCGAGCUUGGCUCGAGCUCGGUCGCUACGCAUUGACCGGACAGUGUGCAUGUUCGGUAGUUGCGUAGUGACUGAACUUGGUUUGUCCGUGUUCUGAUUGUCAUAUUCAAACAUAUCCGUAGCUAGCUUGGAUAUGUUUCCGUUACCUUGGGACAGUUUGUGUUUGAUCCAAAUAGAAUUUGAACAAAGUUUUAUCUCGAGAACAUAUGUCGCGACAUUCUUUUGACUGAGCACGAUUUGUCGCGGAAAGACACUCAUACUUGUAUUUUGCGGAGAUUUGGAUGUUAACUUCGUCGUAACCGUUUUUGACCCCAACAGUUAGCACAAGAGACUCGUGUUCUGGGCAGGAAUACAAGGACAAGAAACUGGUGAAGAAGUUUUUAAGGUGUCUGCCAGAAAGAUUUACAGGUUAUAAGGCAGCAAUAUUUGUGUCUCUUGACAUAGAUAAAUUCAGCUUUCACGAAGUUGUGGGUAUGUUAAAAGCUAAUGAGAUGGAGCUUGAUGGCAUGGGCAAUCAUACUGAAGUCAACCUAGGAGUUUCUGAAACGACAAGUCAAAAAUCAGAGAAUGGAGAUGAGAUGGUUAAGAUGAUUAGAGUUCUUCACCAAGUACUACGGGAAGUGAUACAAUGGCAAGGGCAUGAGAAAGUUGCUGUGAGAAAACAAAGGCAAGAAGAUGGCGAGUCAUGCGGUAAUAAAGAUGUGCAAUGUUAUAAAUGCAGAGGAUAUGGACACUUCAAAAGGGAAUGUCCAAUGGCCAAGAGAAGAAGAUUCAAAGGCUUUAGGUGGAGAAAAAUUGGACACGAUGAGAUGCAGAAGAGAGAUCCUUCAUAAGGAAAGAUGAUAAUGAAUCAGAAAAAGACGAAGUGCUCAACCUAAUUGCUUUUGGUGCACACAAAGAUGAAGCAAGUACAUCAUCUGAAUCAGAUUCUGAAUCUGAGGAGGGAAAAUAUGAUGAAGGACAAGAUGAUGAUCUCAAUGAGUGCUACAAACAAGUGUGUGGAACGUUACUAAAGCUUGGAAAAUAAAAUAUGGUGCUAGUAAAAGAGCAGAGACAUCUUGAAGCACUUAUUGAAAUUCUACAGAAGGACUUGCAAGUAGAGAAAGAAGAAACAAGACAAGCUUGUGUUAAACCUGAUGAAACUCAGAAAGGAAAAACAGAGAGUGUAUCUAUGUCUGCAAUGAAGCCAGUAGUUAAGAUGUAUGCAAGGACUACUUCAUAUGGAAAGACUGCAGUGAAGAUUACAACUGCAACGAGAACUGCUUCAUCGUCUAUUACAAGGAAAUUUCCAGUGGUAAAGAGUGUAUCUCAGCGACCCUUCAUACCUGUAUGUCAUCAUUGUAGAGUUGUUGGGCAUAUUAGGCGAAAGUGUUUCAGGCUAUUGAGGGAGAAGCAAUAUAUUGAGAGAGUAUAUAAUAUGAGGAUUGAUGGUCCAACAUGUUAUUCUUGUGGAGUUCAAGGACAUAUUCGACGUGAUUGUUUCAAGUUGGUUGAUCAAAGAGGCACAGCAAAAAGUGGAGCCAAAGAAGCUUGUCAGGAAGUACGUCGGGACGUGCGACAAGGAGUACAUCAUAAAGUUCUACAUCACAUAGUUGUAAGUAACAAGCCGAAGGUUGUACAUCAGUGCACCAACAUGAAGGUCAGUCAGGAGGUUCUGAAGCAUGGUUGUGCAGCUGGUACAAGGAAGGAGACUGAUCGGGGCAUCAGCAACUGUGUCAGGCCAAGCAAGAAGCAACAUCAGAUGUGAUGUUGGUUAUGUGGGAAGGUUGGUCACAAGAAGGUGGAGUGUUUUGCUCGUGAGAAUAGCAGAAACAUGGGCAAAAAGGUGAACAAAACGUUCACUAAACCCAAGAGGCUUGAAGAGGUGUCCUUAGCCAAGAGUGGAUUACCUGAUGAGAUCAAGGAAGAGACAUCAGAAGAAGGAUGCAGCUCUGGUAGGAGUGAACUUGAGGUUGAUCAAGGAGCAUCAAGUUUGGAGGCAGGACACGAGGUUGUUUGCGGCACAAAGGGGAAGGAGAUCGAAGUGCAUCAGGAAGUGAUGCAAGAUGAUCCUCCGGAGGGUGAUAGUGAAGUCACUCCAAUACAAUAGCAACGAGUGCAGAGGGCACUCGGCGUGGAUGGGGAAGGGCUCAUGGUCAAGAAGACGACACAUGACGAAGCCAGGUCCUCAACAGAAGCUGGUUGAAGGGUAGUUCGACAGGUGCGUCAGGUCGUGAUGCAGUACUUUUUAUUCUGCUGCAGCAGGGGCUGUGUCAUGAUUAUACAUGAAGAAGCAGAGGCUGGGUCUGUAAGUCUUAACAUCUAAGCAUCUGUUUUGGCUUAGUAUGAAAUCAAGCAGGGGGAGAAUGGUGUUGUUCUAGUACAGAGAAUGCAUAUCUCAUGGGGGAGAAAAUCAUGGUGUGGUGCACAUCUCGUGGGGGAGAAAAUCACAUUUUGUGUGGAAGUUUCCAGGAGAGGAACAUGGUUGCAACGUGGUUGCUGAACCAGAAGAUUGUCAUGCUUGUUCGGCACACGAAGCUAAAAGGGGGAGAUUGAAGAUGUAAGAUGUCUACCCUGAAGUAGUCGCUGACGUAGUUUCUGAAGCAUGCGUCAUGUUGAGUGGUGAAGACCAUGUGGAGUCAAGGUGCUGAGCUGGAGUCUGUAGACUUGGAGAGCAAGAGAGUAUCUUGGAGAUAUGGAAAGAGGAAUAAACUUGAGAAGCAAGUUUAUGACUUAAAGAAAGAGGAAUAAGUGCAUUCCAAGAAAAGGAAAGUUGCACUUAAUGUUAUGGAAGAUGUCCAUAUCUAUGUUGCCUUGGAGACUAGGGUUUCAAGAACAUGGAGUUAAUGAUAAAAUAGCUCUAAGGGUCGUCGGAAAAGACACAGACACAGACACAGAGGCUGAUUUUAUAGAGAGAGAAAAGCUCUUGAGUGUGGUCUUGCUGAAGCAGUUGCUGAAGUACUAACGAAAGAGAGACAUAAGCUUUGUAGCUUCGGAAUCGUUCAGUAGUGUGUGUUAGGGUGUUAACACUAGACGUGUAAAAGCUGAAUUAAGCAGAUCUUGUAAUAGAUUGUUUAAAAGAGAUUCUAAUAAAGCAUAAGUAUUUGCUUGUGGUGUUUUGUCUCUCGGUUUACUUUCUACAGUACUAUUGUGGUGUCUCCUUUACAUCAACAAAACGGUGCCGUAUCUUCAUCUCCUCGCUGUAACUGGCCGCCAAUAUCGCAUCUUCUUCCAAUUUCCAGAACCUCACGCCGUUCACGUGACCCUCCCAUAACUGUGUUUCCGUACAAGUGGUGUUCCUCAGGAACCUCACAUCAUUCUUACGGUGAGCUUCACACUUCUGAUGGUUACGGCUCCUAGACAAAUUAGACUCGAAACCAUCACUAUCAUCUUAAGCCAUGACUGUCGGAGGAGUGAGGGCUUCUAGUGGAGCUGGAGUGCUGGACGAUGAAGUCGUCGAUAAGAUGCAGAUCUUGUGAUGGUGGAGAAAGAUGGAAAGAGAAGAAAAUGGAGUUUUUAAAUAUAAGGGUUUUUUGGUAAACUUACAAGAACAAAGUACUUGGCAAGCAUAAAGUAUGUUUAAGUGUAAAGAGAGAGGGUAAAAGUAUGUGUAGAUGUAAUAUUUUCAAAAGAGAUUGUGUAAGUGGAACAAUAAGCUAAUCUCAGGCAUCCAAUCUCUGACUUAUAAAGAGAUGUGUUUAUAUUAUUUAAAUAAGGUUGGGGGAUAUGUUAAAGGUUAAACAGUAAAAAGGUUCGGGGAUACGUUAAAGAAGCGGUGAGGUGCGAGAACGACGAAGGAAACCGGAGGAUCUGGUGGUCUUGGUUCAAUCGGAGGGAAAGUGACAAGGGGAGGAAGUUAACACGGCGGUGGAUCUGGAGACCUGGAUCGCGACGGAGGAGGAGGAACAGUGACCAUCGAAGCCAUGGACGAGCAGAGGAGGUUCUUCAAAGGAAGGAGGAGUGACCGGCGAAACUGAAAUAUAGGAAAUCCACUGAAACUGACAAAAUAAAAUUACGUGUGGGGGCAACAACAAAAAUCUUGUAAGCAAAAUAUAUAUUGAUAUGCACUGAAGAUACUUGGUAUUUGGUAAGAAUAUGCAAUAGGGGUAAUAUGGUAUUUAUAAAUAAAUAAUAGUGUAAAACAGUGUAAUUAGGUAGUUACCUAAAUAAUAGAUAACAUAUGUAUAGGAGAUGCAAAUACUCUAUAUAUAAAGAUAUAAAUUGGUAGACCACAUCAUGUGGGCUUUUAAUGGUUUUGAUGACUUCAUCCCAUUUAUCUUAUUAAAAUAAAAACAUUACAUUCGACUCAACUUAUUGUAUCAUUUUAAAUUAAAUACAUUCUUAUAUUAUAAAUUAAUUAUGGAAACAAUAUGAUACUACUAUCUUUGUUUCCAAUCAACAUAUAAUAAAUCUUGUGUCCUAAUAAUAUAAAACUUACUAGAUCAGGAUUCGCAAAACAGCGCGGAUUUUUCUUUUAAAUUGAUCAAACAUAUUUUAUAAAUUAAUUGAAUGUUGUUUAGUGUUAAGAGAGAUUUUAUUUGUAUUAUAUUUAUCACUCAUCUGUUUCUAAAUUGAAACCCAUCAUCUAAGAGUUUUUCAUUAGGAACAGUAAAUAAAUGUUAAUAUAAUUUUUUGUGUUUUUUUGUCGAAUCCGCACGACGACGCCGAUUAUGUCUUUUUCGAAUCAUACAAACCAUUUUAAUAGACUUCUAAAGUCUGAAAAUAUUUAACAAAAUAUAAUUUACGAAAUCAAAAUGUUUUAACAUUUUACUUUUGAGUAUUUGUAUAUUGAUAUAUAUAUAUAUAUAAAUAUAUAUUAUUUUGUAUUUAUUCAAUAUGAAAUUUUGUAAGAUAUUUUAAAUUUGAUUUUUAGUUAAUUCAAAUCUUUUCGUUUUGAAUUUUAAUGAGAUUUAUGUAAUUUAUUUUAUUAAUUGUAUAAUAUAUUUUGAUAAAUUGUUUAUUAUAAAAUUUGUUUGAUGUCAAUUUAUUGCAUUUAUUUAUAUACAUUGUUUAUUUUAAUAUGUAAAUCUAUUGAAUUUUAAAUGAAUGUAAUUUUCAAUAAAAUAUAAAUAAAAUAAUUUUUUUUGUCAAUAUUUCAUUGAUUAUUGCCCAAUGGGCAGAACUACAUAGAUCGGGUUUAAAAAUACAAGAGGCCCAAAAAAAUAAAGAUACAACUUAAUCAGAUCUGAAGUCCUACUUUUAUGUCCGCGAAGGACAUCCUUAUCACACCACGUUUACAAUUUUGAGCUUCAUUUGCAAUACAUGCUUCUCCACGUGUCUCUCAUGUGAGAGUAAACCUUUCCGGUCACCGUAGGAGUUUCUCCGCUGUAAAAUACGGCACUAAUCAUAUCGUUUCUUUGCAGCCUAUUGCUUGCAUCCUUGUCUUUCUCACUAGAUCCCGAUCAAAUAGAUCUCCAAUCCUCCGCCCUAACUGCUGUUUUUAGCCGGAUUUUUCAUCUCUAAUUGAUAAGAAUUGGGAAAACUCGAUUUUGAUUGUAAGAAACUUUUAUUGGACCAUCAGAGAUGCCGAUUUUACUAAAUCUCUGAGAAAUCAGUCGAGAUCAAUCCACAAACACAUAAUACUUUGCACCAAGGAAACUUUUCUCAGAUGCCCAUGUCAUGGCUCACACAACAAGUGAGGGUAAAGAUUAACACCCAUAAACAAAAUAUAUUAGGAUAAUUGGAAGAAGAUAAAAUCCGACAUAAAAACUAAACGGGAUUGAAAUGUUUUUUCGAAGGAGGAAGUUUGAAGAUUUGUUAAAAUAAAAUUAUUUUCGAAGAUAAGAACUUGAAAAUGAAGAACAGCUUCAAAAUAGUUUGAAAACCAACAAAAUCGCCUAAGCGAAAGUAUAAUCCGCAACCGGAACAAAAGCAUUGAUCUGAUGAUUGAAUAUCAUACAAACAAAAACAAAAUCUUCAUCCCUCUGAAAGAUUUAUGAUUUGGUAAGAGGGAUGAAGAGAUAAACUUUUUUCUCUCUAAGAGAGGAGAGAAAAGUCUCAAGCUAAAUAAAAUAAUUCUGUAAUUUAAUUGAUUUGAUAUUUAUUGAAAUUAUUUGUAGUAUCUAAACCUGCAAAGAUAAAUAAACUAUUUUUGCAUUUUUCAGAAAUGAUUUGAAUGUUUUAGUCAAUAAUGUGAUAAAUUAAAUAAUUUGAAAAUAAAUUGAUAAAAGUUCUUAAAAAAUAAGACCUACUGUUUUAUAUUGUUUGAAGACAUGAUUAAUAAUUGUGUUAUUUGAAAACAUAGAUAUUAGUAUACUAUUGUUUCCAUAAUUACUUUACAAUAUAUGUAUGUAUUUAAUUUAAGACAAAAAAAAAUGGGGUCCAAGGGAAUGUUCAAGUUUUAAUAAGAGAGAUGUCUCAAUUUUUUAUAACUUUUUAUCAAUAUUCUUCAUAUUAUUUAAUAAAUAAAACAAUUGACUAAAAUACUCUAAUAAUUUAUGAAAAAAUACUUAUAAUUUAUUUUAGCAGGUUUAGAUACUACAAAAUAAUAUUAAUCGAUAUCAAUCAGUUAAAUAAUGGAUUAUUUAAUUUAUAUUUUCAUAAAUAUAAAUUAAAUUCAUUUAAUUUAAAUAACCUUUCAUAUUAAACUAAAUACUGUACAUAAAUAAAAGCAAUAGAUUGACAUAAAAAAAAUUAUAAUUAAAAUUUAUAAAAAUAUAUCAUACAAUGAAUUAAAUAAAUUACAAAGGUUUUAUUAAAGAAAAUAGUUAAACUAACUAAAAAAUAAAUUAAAUAAUAUCUUAUACAUAUAUUAUUAUAUGAAGGUCCAUUAAAAAUAAUAAAUAUAAUAACAAAAAUAGUUAUGAAAAUUUUCAAAAUAUAUAUGAUCCGAAGAUAAAUGUUUAACAGUAAUUACACAAAACAAUUAUAAUUAUUUAAAUUAGCCACAUAAAAUAAAUGUUAUGUAACUAAAAUCUUUCUUAACAUUAUAUAAAAUUUAAUUAAUUUAUAAAAUUUGUUUAAUUAAUUUAAAAUAAAAUCUGCAGAUCAUGAUCUAGUUUUAUAUUAAAUGGAGACAAAAUCGAAUUUUCUGAAAAAGUGUUUAGUUUGAAUUUUGAUUUAGAAAAUGGUCAUGGUUAUUGGUAACUAUCAUUCAUUUCAUUUCAUACAAAUUUUCCAUAUGUGUUUUGCAUUAAUACCUAAAUGAUAUUUUCAAAAUGUUAUAAGAUGAAUCGGAUAUAUAUGUAAUAAAGCAAAACAUAAAAUUUUCCGAUGCUCAAAUACAAAUACGAUGAUGAGAAAAUCUAUCUCACCUCACCUUCAUGCAAAACGGGUUUUGGACUAUUUCUUAAGAAAGAGAAAAUGGAAAGAACUAUUCUAGUGAUUCGUUUUUGUCCCAAGAAUCAAGGGCUUUCCUGAAUUUACUCAUUCAAACCAUAUCUCGAAUCAUUUUGCUUUCCAUCUUUCUGAUUCACAAUAUCUUUUUUUUCCUUAUUUUCCCCUAUUUUUCAGUUUUCAACAAGCUGCUGUUGCAAAAACGAUUAUGUAAGAAGAACACAAACAACCUGUUUCCUCUUGAAUCUUAAAACCCUUCUGGCUUUGUUUCUUUUGUAUUUGCAAAAUUCUUCACAAUCAUUUUGGGGUUUAGGAGAAACCCUUUUUUUUUGUUUCUGACUGCAAAAACAUAGAUUUUGCAUAUAUCUGGAUUAAUCUAUCUCCCUGAAUCUCUGCUGGUGAUAGAUGUAUUCUUGAUUGUGUGAACCAAGGCAGGGUUUAAUUAUUAUGGGCUGCAUAUGCUCAAAAGGAGCAGCAGAAGAAGAAGAAGAAGACAACGUUGUUUUUCACCGUCAGAAAGAAAACUGGAACAAAUCUUCCUCAGUGCAAUUGCUUGCUUCUGUGCCUUCAAAUAAAGACGACUUCUCUCAUAAAGCCGUUGAUGGAAGCUCCGGUGGUGGAAGAAGAGCGAGCGGUUUGAUUGUUCCUGUAGAUGAUAUUCAUGAUGGUAAAACAGUCAUCGUGGAGAGACCUUCGAGGUCUCAUCGAGGAAGAAGAGUCUCAGACAACGGCAAAGGACAAGGGUUGAUUAUUUCGAAUGUUCCUCGUAGCGCAGAAGCAGAGCUUAUUGCUGCUGGAUGGCCUUAUUGGUUGACCUCUGUAGCAGGUGAAGCCAUCAAAGGUUGGGUUCCUCGCCGUGCAGAUUCCUUUGAGAAGCUUGACAAAAUAGGACAAGGGACUUACAGCAUUGUGUAUAAGGCUAGGGAUCUUGAGACAGGCCAAAUAGUGGCGAUGAAGAAGGUGAGGUUUGCUAAUAUGGAUCCGGAGAGUGUGAGGUUCAUGGCUAGAGAAAUCAACAUUUUGAGAAAGCUAGACCAUCCAAAUGUUAUGAAGCUUCAGUGUAUUGUCACUUCAAAGCUAUCAGGUAGCUUGCACCUUGUGUUUGAGUACAUGGAGCAUGAUCUUUCUGGCCUUGCCCUCAGGCCUCAUGUCAAAUUCACUGAGCCACAGAUAAAGUGUUUUAUGAAACAACUGCUAUGUGGACUAGAGCAUUGUCAUAGCCGUGGAAUCCUUCACCGUGACAUCAAGGGUUCGAAUCUUUUGGUGAACAAUGAUGGAGUUCUCAAGAUUGGAGAUUUCGGUCUAGCUAGUUUUUAUAAUCCGGAUAGUGAUCAACCGCUCACAAGCCGUGUAGUGACCUUGUGGUAUAGAGCACCUGAGCUUCUACUUGGAUCUACAGAGUAUGGACCCGCCAUUGAUCUCUGGAGCGUUGGUUGCAUUCUAGCUGAACUCUUUGUAGGAAAACCAAUCAUGCCUGGAAGAACAGAGGUGGAGCAAAUGCAUAAGAUAUUUAAGCUGUGUGGUUCAGCAACAGAGGAAUUCUGGGAGACGACAAAGUUCCCACAGGCGACAAGUUACAGACCGCAACAUCCUUACAAGCGUGUGCUUCAAGAGACUUUCAAGAACUUACCAUCUUCUUCUUUGGCUCUCCUUGACAAGCUUCUCUCUGUAGAACCAGAGACAAGAUGCUCAGCUUCUUCUACUCUAAUGAGCGAGUUUUUUACAACGGAGCCACUCCCUUGUCACAUAUCAAGUUUGCCUAAGUAUCCUCCAAGCAAGGAACUGGAUGCAAAGAAACGAAACGAAGAAGCGAGAAGGAAAAGAGCGGAAGCAGUGAAGUGGCGUGGACACGAAUCUGCGAGAAGAGGUUUAAGAGACUCCAAGAUAACACCGGAGUUCCUUGCUUCAGGCCAUUCAAAUGUCUUAAUCAACACUCCUCUUGGGUUCAAGAAACCGAGUGGAAAACGCUUUGCUGAUACCAAGUCAAUGAUCCAUCCAAGCGCGGCAUGGAAUAAGAAUGGUGGCUCUAAGAGCAAUGUAGGAGAGGUGAGAGCUAGCCGGUCUAACAAUGUGCUUUCUACAAUGGGAGAUUACUUAUCUAGCUCUUCCCAAAAGGAAAACGUGGCUUCAAGAAAACCCACAACGACAUACAUGCGCAAGAAGAACAUAAUGCACUGUUCAGGUCCUUUGAUGCCUCCUGGUGGUAACAUUGAAGAUAUGAUGAAAGAUCACGAGAGAGGAAUCCAAGAAGCUGUACGCAAGUCCCGCCUUGACAAAUCUGCAGUAAAGAAGAAGAAAGAUAUCCCAGUGAGAGCAUGUGCCUAGUGAAGAAGCAAUGACACAAGAAAAGAUCAUGGCAACAACUUUUGUUUCUUUCUCUCUCUUUCUAAGACAUUUCUUUUGGUUAGGACAAGUAAAAACAGAUGUGUAUAUUCAGAACUACUGGUUUAGUAGUGCAAACUAAAUUCAUAGAUAGACGGUUUUUAGUUA